AUGAAGAAACAUCUGCUCCAAAGAACAGGAGAAUCCUUGUCAUCAAAUGAAGACAAGGGUGGUGAUGAACAGGACACCACAGAGCUUUCGAGAGAGAAGAAAGUGAAGAAGAACAUUUCAGAAGCAGAAGCUGAUUCUUGCUUUGUGGCCCGUGUUACAGCUUCAAAUCUACAAAAUGAUGCUCUGGCUGGAGAGAUUUCUGUGAUGAAAACGGCAAAAAAGCAGGAAGGUAUCUUUAUCUUCACACUAAUGGAAAACAGGAAAACACCUUCGCUUAGUUUCUGCCCUGCAGAGAGUAGAGGAGAAAAAGAAAUCAAGAAAGGGUCUCUUCCUGUAGAGCCUAGUAGUGGUAAACAGAUCAGCAAAGAAGAGAGAAAGAAGAAUCAUCUGAAAUGUAAAGAUUCAGCAUCACAAUGCCAAAACCGAUUUGUGACGUUAACAAUUACACAUGACAGCCUCAGAAAAGGUCGACUUCAUCUUCCACUGCCAUUCAUGAGAGAAAAUGGUUUGGACAACUUUGAGAUGAUAACUCUGUUGUGUAAAGAUGGUGAAAUGUUUCUGGCUAAUCUUCGACGGGAAGCCAUAGGAAGAAUGAGUUUGGGAAGGGCCUGGAAAUCUUUUGCUAAAGCAAACAGCUUAAAGACUGGUGAAUCCUUUGCAUUGGAGAUAAUAUGGAAGUACAAAACUCCUAUGCUCAGUUUUCUUCAUACAGUUCCUAGCAGUGAUAGAAGGCAACAAGAAGAUUACCGUUCAGAACCUAUCAGUGGAAGCAACAAUAGAGAGGUGCGAAACAAGAGUCGAUAUACAUACGGUUUUGUAGAUCUCGAACCCAAGUUUCCAGAACUUCUUUCAGUUGUCGAAUCAGAGGUUCAGUUGCCAAUUCAGUAUCAAUCCGUUUUUCAGCCAAAUUCAGGUGUGGAUGGAGACCUCGAAUAG